AGUAGGAAGGAAUAAAUAUAUGAAAUGUAUCAUCUGAAAUUUCUCGUACUGUUUUGCAUUAUUCCUGGGAUAUAUUUGUGGUCAGCUGAUUCGUACUGGAGUAAAUACUCAUCUGAAGGAAUUAACUAUAAUUCGGAUGACUCAGAAAAUGGAAUGUGGUCAGACGAUGGCAGUCCAUACCUGCCAGACAGUAGUUGGGGCAAGUCCUGUUCUGGAUGUACAUGUCAGUAUAAGCAAAGUUCAUUAGAAAAACUUGGAACAUGUACAAAUAGCAUGUCUGUGAUAGGACUCACUAUUCCAGAUAACAUUACAGCUAAAACAUUUCCAGUCACAGCAACUUCUAUAAAUUUUUUAGGAUGCACUUUUACACAUAUUUCAGAAGAUUCAUUUUCCAAUAUAACUGGUUUAACCACAUUAACCAUUUGCAAGAGUGGUCUAACUUUUAUGCCAGAUGUCAGCAAAUCUCAGAUUACCACACUGAAUUUGAUAGACAAUAGUAUAACACUGGAUUCUAAAUACAAGGGAACCCUUCCUGAUACAAUAGAAUAUCUAGCUUUGACUAACAAUAAGAUAUAUUGGUUACCCUCAGGAUUUAUCAAUGGUUCAAAUCUCCGACUAGUGAGCCUGGGAGGCAAUGAGUUUGUUAAUUUUCCAGCAGCAUCACUUGGUGAAAUUCCAAAUAUCAUGUAUUUUGGAAUAGAGAGUAAUCAGCUGAUACAGAUUUCAUCGAACCAUUUAUUACCACUAAAUACAUCAACAUUUGUCCAUCUGAAUCUCAGUAACAAUGCUAUCCAGUAUGUUCAGAGAGGAGCUUUAAACAAGAUGCAAAACCUGAAAAUUUUAGAACUGCAUGGUAACAGUAUAUCACAGAUACCCAAAGGUGUAUUUGAAGAUCUGAAAGAACUGAUACAUUUGGACCUUCAUCACAACAAAUUGGAGAAGUUGACCUCUGAAUCCUUUAUUGACCUUGAAAAGUUGAUUGAGUUCAGACUCCACAGUCAGAGUCCAGCAAUGACCACCAUUUUAUUUGAUUCUAUGAUCAACAUUGGUAAAGCUUUGAAAUAUCUAUUUAUAAGUCAAAAUGGACUAACACAUUUACCACACCAAGUUUUUAUGGAAGCCAACUUUACAGAACUCAUAGAACUAUAUGCAGACAAUAAUUUGAUUAAAAAUGUAACAGAGCUUGGGGAAAGUGGUUAUGGUAUCAAACUAAGACCAACUUAUCUUAGGAAGAAAAAACAACUGGUAGCCUUUUCCACCACUCCUAAUAUUGUGAAAUUGUAUUUACACAACAAUUUGAUAGAGAUGGUAAACAAUACAGAUUUCUGUGAACUUCAGGUCUUACAAUUGUUAAAUCUGAGAGGCAAUCGACUGAAUGAGACACAUAUUCAGGAGGAUGGAUUCAAAUGUUUACCUGUAUUAAAUUAUCUAGACCUUGGUAGUAACCAUAACAUGCAGUAUGUACCAGUUGCCCUGACAACACAUGAGAAAUUGCCUUCCAUUCAGACUUUGUACUUAGAUAGUAACAUGAUAUCUGUCCUACCAUCAGAGACUUUUACUAAUGUUUCUACACUUGUCAGUUUAUAUCUUCAGAGUAAUAGGAUCAUAGCUGUUGAAAACAACACGUUUCCUGAACAACUGAGAACAUUGUACCUUUAUAAUAAUAGAAUAGUAGCUGUAGAAGAUGGUGCUUUUCCUUAUGAAGUAAAUACAAUGUAA